AUGUCGUUCCCAUUUUACGCAGAGUUCGGGGUGCAUUACCCCAAGUACAUCCCACCAAAGGACCCAAGCGAGCGUCUCGUCGACCCCAAGAAAAAGCUUGCCCCUGCAUGCACCACGAAGUGCAGCAGAUGGGUACACGAAUACUCUGCUUGCUGCGACCGCCUCAAGGCCCGCACUGACGGACGGGGGAACUGCGCGGGCCAGUUCGAGGAGCUGCAGACGUGCGUGGACAGAUGUGUAGCGAAAGAUCUCUUCAAGUACUUGAAGUGA